CAAACUAAAAUUAAGUACCGCAGUAUACCUUCUGCACUCACCGUAAUAAGUCAAGAUGUUGAAACUCGUGCUAAACUUUUUCCUGCUGUCCGUAGCCAUCGGUGUCAAUUGCCAAACUGAAGAGACCGUUAUACCAACGCUACCACCCAGUACCACUAGAGCACCAAGAGAAAUUAUCACAGUAACUAAUGGUGGAACGGAGGGUGAAUGGGGACCGUUGGAGCAUUGCCCAAGUGGAUCGAGGGUCGUCAGUUACCAGACUCGAAAUGAGCUCGCCACACCCCGAUUUGACGACACUGCGCUCAACACCAUCGUUCUCUUUUGCAACGAUCAAUCUGUCACCAACCUCACAUCCUCAGUUAGAUUUUCUGGAGAUUAUCACGCGGUUCAGACGUGUCCUUUCGGUGGCUACAUGAAGAGUUUCCAGUUGCGGGUAAGUCCUAAUGGAACUGAAGCGGACAACACUGCAGCAAAUGACAUCCGUUUUCGAUGUUCCAAUGGUGGUGAAAUUAACGGCCUUGGCAACACUCACGGCGAUUGGGGUCAGUACAGCGAAGAAUGUGCAAAUGGCCUUUGCGGAAUCGAAACUCGUGUCCAACCGUACGACGGAGGAAUUGGUCACUACGACAACACGGCCUUGAAUGACGUUCGCUUCACCUGUUGCAAAUGAGGCGUGAUUGAUGAUCUUAGUAUAAAUGCGGAUUUUCCUUUCGCAAAUAGAAAUUUUGAAUAAAUCAAAUGAUUGAAACGUUUUUACUAAAGUUUGUCUUAAUGACUGACCAGUGUUGCGUGACGACAUGUCCAGCCUUUCGUUCACAGUUUGUACAACUGUAAAGUUGGCCAUAUCUUUAACUGUAGAUAAUACAUAAUGACAUUUGUUUUCAUGUCAUCACGCAACCAUA